GCAAACUUUUAGUUAUGAUUUCUUGGAUAGUAAAUAACUUCACUCUUUUUUUAUUUUUGGGAUCCAAAAGAUACCACUUUUGAAGAGAGUAAUGCUAGACCGCAAAUUAUAUCGUACAUCCGGCUGUACGGGAAGAACCGUACAGCCGGCGGAAAUAAGCGGCAGGAGCGAAGAAUCGAAGAAGUUCGCGAAGGAAGAGAGGAGGGUGACGAUCGAAGAAGGCCGGCGAAAGAAAGGCUACGACGAGGCGCGACGAUUGGGAGGAGGCGAAAACGAUGGAGAGGGCGACGAGGGAUGGUGAUGGUGGCGGCGGCUUUACAGGAAGCCUGGAAGCCCUGGGACUGAAGAAGUUGAACAGGAAGCCUGGAAACCCUAGGAAGUUCUCACAGAGUAGCCACGCCGCCGCUGUCUGCCAUUCUCUCGCACAAAUUCGGUUUCAUCUUCACCCAUUCGACCAGAUCCAGCGGCGUUCAGUAAUUGGAUGAUUUCAGUCAGAUUUUUAACGAUGUUCAGUUUGAGGCUUCUUGUCUCAUCAUAACCACUGAAUUUUUUUGAGACAAUGGGUCGAGGCCAAUACCGCAGCAACGACUUGAUAU